AUGCUCCAUGAUCGAGCAUCAUCCGCUACAAGCAUCAACGGCAAGCCGCAUAUUUAUUUGAAAGCCGAUGGAAAGCGGCAAAAGUCGGCAAACAGCUUUUGGGGUCGUCGCAGUCAUGUUUCUGCAUUUUCUGGCCUCCUAAGUUUGCUUUUCGCCAUUGGCACGUUUCUUUUCGUGCAGUUUCUGCGUAUCUGCCUCGAGCAUUUCGACGGCUCUCUACGGCAGGCCUUGCUUGAGCUACUGGUAUACUCAUCACCGAUAGCCCUUUUUCGACGCUAUCUUCCUGAAAUAUCCCAUGGCCAUGUGAUGGCGUAUGCGAGCUGGAUACUUUCUCAGGGGCUGUUGUACUCCCUUCUUCCAGGGAAGACCGUCUAUGGGCCACCAACACCGGGCGGGAAUUCGUUGCCCUACCGAAUGAACGGCCUAUGGUCGUGGUGUAUCACAGUUGGUACAGUCUUUCUGGCCGCUUGUGUAGGAGGUGUUGAGGUAGUUGCAAGCUUAGCCCAAAAUUGGGCAGGAGUGUUAGCGGCAGCGAACAUUUAUGGACUAGUAUUGCCAGCUCUGGCUGUGGCGAAGGGUCAUAUAUGGCCGAGCUUUAAGACCGAUCGACGACUUAGUGGCUCGAUCUUUCACGAUUUUCUGGUUGGGGUUGAACUGAAUCCCCGACUGGGUCGGCACUGGGAUCUGAAGAUGUUUCAAGUUGGCCGUCUAGGAAUGAACUCCUGGGUAGUGAUCGACCUAUCUUUCAUGGCCCAACAAUACCUCCGUUAUGGCACAAUCUCUAACUCAAUAUUAAUUGUGAUCAUUCUCCAUGCCGUAUACGUCGUCGACUUUUUCAUCAACGAGGACUGGCAAGUCCCUCUUAUACCCUGCACUGAUUGUACCAAAGUUCUAACAUACAUGUCCAGGUACCUUACAACCAUAGAUAUUGCCCAUGACCACUUCGGCUUCACCCUCGCCUGGGGCUCUGCCGUUUGGUUACCCAUGGUCUAUACCGCACAGGCCCAAUACUUGGCCUUACAUCCGGUUGGCCUCUCUUCAUUCACAUUCAGCGCGAUCCUUGCAACAGGUAUGCUGAGCUAUGUGCUAUUUCGUCUCGCCAACCACCAGAAACAUCAUUUCCGACAAACGAGGGGCAAUUGUCAGAUUGCCGGCAGCACGCCUCGCGUUAUCAGGGCUCAGUAUACUACAGCAAAGGGGAAAGUCCACGAGACACUUUUGCUGUAUUCUGGUAUGCAUAGUUCCUCUCCCUGA